AUGGAUGGUCAGCCACAUCGAGACGGCGCUCCAGGCGAGGGUGUGCAAAGCGCACUCAUGUACGAGUUCAAGUCCAACACCAAGACCAAGCGAUAUGAGCUGCGAGAUAUCUACGACCACAUUGCUGAAUUCAGUGGGGAUCAGCACGGAUCACGAUUCAUUCAGACCAAGCUCGAGACUGCCAAUUCGGACGAGAAAGAACGUGUGUUUCGUGAGAUCGAGCCAAACGCCAUUCCUCUUAUGACGGAUGUGUUUGGAAACUAUGUCAUUCAGAAGUUCUUUGAGCACGGCGACCAGACCCACAAGAAGAUUCUCGCCAACAAGAUGAAGGGCCAGGUGCUCCAGCUCAGUCUUCAGAUGUAUGGUUGCAGAGUUGUACAGAAAGCUCUCGACCAUGUUCUUGUCGACCAGCAGGCCGUGCUCAUUGGCGAACUGGAAGGAAAUGUGAUCAAGUGCGUAAAGGAUCAGAACGGCAAUCAUGUCAUCCAAAAAGCGAUCGAACGGUGUCCACCAAACACCAUUAACUUCAUCACCAACGCCUUCCGCGGACAGGUUCAACAUCUCAGCAUCCACUCGUACGGAUGUCGCGUCAUCCAGCGCUGCUUGGAAAAGUGCGACCUUCCAGCAAAGUCGAUGAUCAUGGCUGAGCUUCUGGACGGUAUUCCCACGAUGAUCUCUGAUCAAUACGGCAACUAUGUCGUUCAGCACAUUGUACAACACGACGAUGGAGAAGGCAAGCGCCGAGUCCUUCAGAUCGUUGGACGAGGUCUGGAAGGCUACAGCAAGCACAAAUUUGCCAGCAACGUGGUUGAAAAGUGCUUGGAGAGAGCG